AUUGACCAAAAGCUCCCUGACAGUGGGGCUCUGUCUGCUUGUGUGAAAAGAAACGGAAGCGCGCGAUUAUUGCGUGAAUUUAGUUAAUUUUUACGAUCGCGUUUGAAGUGAUCUACAGAUUACACUCGACUUGGAACAGUGUUUUUUUUUUUUGCACUUUCAAAAUCAAAUUUGCCUGCUCCUAAAACUAGGCAGCUAGCUUUAAUCGCACGCACUUAGCUUGCAAGCUACAUAACAAGUUAGCUAACUACCGACAAUCAAGAAACAUUUCAGGAGCAGGUGGUACAAACUAACGUUAUCUAAACCGCUUACACUGGUUUAGAGUUUCCCAGCGCUCAUAGAAAAUUGAGCCAACGGUUAACGAUAAUAAACAAACUCGCGUUUGUUUACAAGCUAACAUUAGUUAGCUUGGCGUGUCAAUACUGACGUUACGCGUGUAUUCCACCACGUUAAUUCGGGAGGUUGGCUUUACGUUAUUGUGUAAUACAAUCCGUUCCGUUUAAAAUUAUCUGUAGGCAUGUCACAGCCCAUCUGGACAAAUUAUAUUCCAUAUAGCGUGAAAUUAGCCAACUAAGCUAAUGUAACGUUAGCUUCGAGCAUUGACAGGUACACGGCACGGCACGCGAAACACUGCGCGUGCUGUGUGUCCACUGCACUGCCCUUUUCACACUAUUCAAUGAGACCGGACGGAUAGCAGUGAAAGAGAGAGAGAGACCAGAGGAGAUAAAAGGCGAUGACAGCACUACAAGGUUAGCUAGUUUGCUGACUUCCAGCUGGACUUAUUUUUCCUCUCCUCCUCCGGACAUGUUGACGGUUCCGUUGUGCCUUGACUAACGUGAGCUAGAAUUACUGUUUGUAACAGCGAGACCGAGCUAACUCAAGCUAGCGCACGAAUGCUAACCGAAAAUGAAAGCUUGCUGGGUCAGCUUUAACGCGACUGGGGCCUUGUGCCCUUCUCUUGUGUUUCUAAAGACACGGAAGAUGCCAGUGAAACAGACCUUGCCAAGCACGACGAGGAUGACUAUGUUGAAAUCAAAGAGCAAAUGUACCAAGACAAACUGGCCUCUCUGAAAAGACAGUUGCAGCAAUUACAAGAAGGUACGCUGCAGGAGUAUCAGAAGAGGAUGAAGAAGCUCGACCAGCAGUACAAAGAGAGACUCCGAAAUGCAGAUCUGUUUCUCCAACUUGAGACGGAGCAGGUGGAGAGGAACUACAUCAAGGAGAAGAAGGCAGCGGUGAAGGAGUUUGACGAUAAAAAGGUUGAACUGAAGGAAAACCUAAUUGCAGAGUUGGAGGAGAAGAAGAAGAUGAUCGAGAACGAGAAAUUAACAAUGGAGCUAACGGGCGACUCCAUGGAGGUAAAACCGAUCAUGACUCGGAAGCUGAGGAGACGGCCCAACGAUCCGGUCCCGAUACCAGACAAACGGAGAAAACCUGCACCAGCUCAGCUAAAUUAUUUGUUAUCGGACGACCAGAUAAUGGAAGAUUUAAGAACACUUAAUAAGCUUAAAUCACCAAAGCGACCAGGCGUUUCUCCCUCUCCAGUGUCGCCCUCGUCUCCAGAGCGCAUCCCCCCCGCUCCCAUGGAGAGCCCCUCCCAGCGCUACGAGGCCCGCAUCGAGGAGGGUAAGCUCUACUACGACAAGAGAUGGUACCACAAGAGCCAGGCCAUCUAUCUGGAGUCAAAGGACAACACAAAGAUUAGCUGUGUCAUUAGCUCAGUGGGCACCAAUGAGAUUUGGGUGAGGAAGACGAGCGACAGUACAAAGAUGAGGAUCUACCUGGGACAGCUGCAGAGGGGAGCGUUUGUCAUCCGUCGACGGUCGGCUGCGUGAAAUAUUACCCAACCCCCAUCUGUUCAUUUAUCCAUCCAUCCACUGUUUCCCUAUUUGCUGCAUCUCACAUGUGGCCUCUUAUUCUUCAUCAUAUUCACUACCCCCCAUUACACAAACAUACACGCCCGUGGCCAAGAAUAUCUCACCAGAUUGUAUCUGUUUCCCCACAGAAACCAGAUGAUAAUACAGCACGACUGGUAACUGGCUGUUUCUCCAGCAUUGUUUGUCACUAUGUGGCUCGUGUGAGAAGGCAGCCAGUGGUCAUAAAAGACUUUUCCACACCGUUCUGUCCUCUUUACAUUUAUCAUUAAGUUAUUUUUCUUCGACAGCCUCAUGUUGAAGAAGUCUCCGAGCCUUUCAAAGCGUCUCGCUGCCGGCGUGUAACACAGAGAGAUGCAAAGAUGUGUAGCUGCUGCAGGUUCGGAUGAUUAUCAUGAAUCCCUCGAAUAAAGAAGUCGGUUUCUGUUAACAGGAAGUCAUUUUCAAACGAUGCCUUUUUUGAUGGUUUGUCCCAAAAAAAAUGUUUAAAAGUCCUCUGUAUAAAACCCUACUUUUUGUUCUAGUUUUUUGAAAAGAAAAAGUGUUAUUUAGUGUGAUCCUCUUCACAUGCGAACGAUCUGGAUGACUUCAACUGUGUUUGCGUGUGGAGAGCUAAGUUGACUCUUGAUUUGUACUGUGUUACAUUUUAUUAAAAUGUUUUCUGCAUUUUA